CCCGCCAAGCCAACGUCAUUCAACACUGGAAACUUCCUGGCCACCUUGGCUCCCCAUUCCAUCAACCAUAGACACGCCAUGAGCAAGCAGAAACAGGCGUACGCUCUUUCGCUACCUUCUGACCAACCAACAUGGCCUGUUAUCGACCCAGACGAGGAAGCUGCCAUUCUUGCUCUGCUCCUCCCAAUAUUGCGAACUGUUGGUGAUCAUCGACGUCGCCACGUCGAGAUUAAGGAGCAAAAGAGAAAGACAAGGAGUGCAGAUUCCCAAGCACUGGCCGAAAGCCCUAGACGUUCUUCUGCGGUGUCAGCCAACAUCCAAGACUACCUAACCAUUGGUUUCAAUAGUACCACUCAAAAGCUUCAGAGUUUUUCUGCGGCUCGUAGGCCACCUGGACUAUGUAGGAGCCCCACAAAUGGCGAUGCCGCAAGAUCUGCAGGUCAGAUUGCCGCGGUCUUUGUUUGUCGUGGCUGUCUACCAGAGAUCAUGACUUCAUCGCUGCCUGUAUUGAUCGCCACAGCUGCUCCUCGAGAAACUCGCGCCAGGUUGAUCGAGAUAUCGCCUCAAGCUGAGGCCGAGAUGGCGCAAGCCGUAGGCUUGCCACGUUUGGGGAUGCUUGGCCUCGAGGCUGGUGCUCCUGGCGCUGAGGCCUUAUUGCGGCGUGUAAUGGAAAAUAUCCAGGUGAUAGAUCUGCCUUGGCUUGACUUGAACUCGACUCCCUCAUAUGUCGCAGUCCAGCUCGAAGACGUCCAGCGUUCGAUGGAUCGCAAGCAGCCAAUUAAGAGAAAAUAAGAGGCACGCCAGUCACGCAUUGGAGAAGACGAUUUUCCCGCAGAUAUCAUGCCAGAAGAGCCGUGGCAAAC